CCCCUUAUCCUCUCCUUUGUCCCGUCCUCUCGCUUGCUCGCCUUUUACUUCCGUUCAUCCGUCUCUCGCCCUCAAGACGCCUGCCAUGUUCGCUCGUACCGCGUUCGUCCUUGCUGCCCUCGCAGCCUCUGCCUCAGCCCAGCUUAAGAUUCUCUCGCCUGGUGGUCCUAACCUCUGGUGGGUUGCCAACUCACAGAAUGUCAUCGCGUGGAACUGUAAGGAGUCCCAGGUCCAGAACUUUACAAUUCUCCUGACCAACUCGAACCCAAAUAUCCUCGUCGCUCCCCAGGCCAUCAUCGCCGUCCAGCAGAACUUUGAUUGUUCCAGGACGCUCACGACCCAACAGGCAAACUUGCAGGUCUCGACCGGCUACAAGCUCCAAUUCGCGAAUAGCAUUAACAGUACACAGGUGUACGCCGAAAGUGACGAAUUCGAAGUCAAAGCCCAAGGCUCCGCUUACCCAGACCCCUCCUCGACGCCCUCAGCAGACGAUACUUCCACCUCAUCUGGCAGUGCAACUGGCUCCGCCGCUGCUCCCUCUGGUUCAAAUGCAGCUGUCGCUCAAAUGAGCAUGCCGGGUGCAUUUGGUGUGUUGGCUGCGGGUGCUAUGGCCAUGCUGGCGAUGUGAGAGCCGUACGGGAGAAUCACGUUGGGUUACACGUGUUUGGCGUUUGUCUCCGACCCCUUUCUUGUUGAUGGAUGGGUUUGAAAUGGUGGGAUGUUAGGGAAAAUAUGGAGAUGGAGUUACUUUGAAGCGGUUUGUACGCUGUUCUUGACCCGAUUUUCGCUUCACUUUCUUCCUAUUUUGGGUUUUCAUCUUUGGACGAACAGACCAUCGACUUUGUUGACUUUUUUUCUGUUCUUCUACAUACAGCCUUAUGCUUAUUCACCUCCUCUUGGUUUUCUGCUUACCUUCCUGUUGUGAGACUAUCGACAGACCCUCGACAAAAUCGUGCAGAUUGCCUUUGGACAUUGUCUUUCUCUUCUCUUUACUUUUUGUGUACGUCUUCUUUGGUUGCAUACGGACUUAUCCUGUAUGCAAACCGUGCCGCUCUUUUAAUGAAUGACAUUCGUUAAUUAUGGUUUCCUUCUUUCUAUCAUAAUGACACUUUGCUUCUAUGCUUGCUCAAUUUUACAUUCUAUACUGGUUUGGUUAGCUUCACCAAGAUCAAGAUCAAACGACGCCAAAGCGUUGUUCUUCGGGAAUACCAUUCCAGACGACAAUAGGGAUUUCGUAUUUAUUCUUCAUCACCGCCUCGGUGAGAAUACUUCCUCUGGCUCGGGGAGUAGAACUAUACUCGUCAGUUUCGCCGAGGGAGUGCACAGCGUCCACGAAAUGCUUCCCACAGCUUGGAAGACCUAGUUCGUCCCAGACAGCUAAAGAAGCUGCUUUGCGCUACUCUAGCAUUGCCUGGCGAGCUUUAGGAUACGAACGCUGGAUGGCUUCAACUUCGAAAGCAAAGGUGACAUCGAAAUCCAUGUCGCUGCUAUCGCCUUCGUCGGGUGUUUUGUAGCUCGCUGAAGUGUCGCUCGAUAACAUCCCAGUUCCGUCGUCUGGAGAGCUCUUUAAUUCUGAAUACUGAGCCUGUCCAUCCUUCAGCAAGUAUGAUUCGUC